AUGGCAGCAAACAACUUCGACGCUUCGAGUGCUUUGAACAUGGCUGGACAGACUGUCGAGGAGGAGGCGAACUACGAGAGCGACGCUGGCGAUGACUUUGGAAGUCUCUUUGGGGAUGAGGAUGUCGAGGGAGAGGAGGAGACCGGCAACGAGCAUAGCAGCCUCUUCGGUGAUAAGAACGCUGAGGGCGACGAGGAAGACCGCAAUGACUACAGCAGCCUCUUUGGAGAUGAGGAUGCUGAAGACAUCGACAAGCCUCAAGACAACGAGGAUGGCCGGGAUGACGAGAACGCCCGGGGCAAUGAGGGAGCAGCCAUUGACGAGAGCAGCGUUUUCAGAGACGGUAACUUCGGAGACGACGACUUUGGCUUACUCGCGGAGGAUGGCGAGUACGCCGGGCUCAUGAAGGAGUGGGCGGCAGAUGAGAAUGGAAACGAGGAUUGGCAGCAUGCUGAUGUGGUGCCUUCAACGAAUGGUGUUCCUGCCAACACUUCUGAAGGCCUACAGCCAGGCGCACCCAUGGCCGCCCCACCUAUGCUAUCACAGCCGACUGGAGGCGCCUCCUCUACGCCUACUGCACCAAUUCCAAACUCGAACGUGCCACUCACCAUGCCCGAUAUGCCGCAGUCAGGAGAGUCUCCGUUACCUCGCGAAGAAAGCACUAUACCUACAGCCCCGGCUAGCCUACCGACCAAGCAGAACGUGCCAACCCAGCCAGCAAUACCAGCUGCCAACACUGCCAGACCGCAUGGUUUCGCAGUACCACCUCCGCAACGCACCGCCCCCAAGCCAAUGGCGCCUACAGCUUGGCCGGGCACGCCAGUUCAGCCAGCGAUGUCUCCUAUCAGCACAGCCGGGGCUGGCAGACUGCGAUCCCCAGGUAUGGCUAGCAAUAUGGCCACCGGUCCACCGAGCAUGUCAGCACAGCCAAUGAUGCAGGCCGUCAGUCCAGCCAGGCCUCAUGGAUUCGUAAUGCCACCUCCACCACACACUGCGCCCCAGACAAUCAUGUCUGGUGUCUAUCAGACUGGACUCGGCGGAUCUUCUGCACCGCCUAUGGCCCCUUUCAUGGCUUCAGCGCCCCUUACGAUGGCGACUCCAACUCCGCCCGGUUUCCCUUUCUCAUCGGGCGCACGUCCAAACGCCAGCAACCAGACUCUAGCAGGUCUGAUGAGCCAGGGAGCCAUCUUUCCGACCUCGACAGGGUCUGGUGCCGGGAGGAAGCGUAAGCCGACUGCAGCUCCAGAGGAAGCUGGUGGUAUUUCAAUGAAGAAAAGCAAGACAGGCAGUAGCAUCGCCGGUGCUUUUCAGCAGUCAAACCGCGACUCCGUCACUAUCAAGGGCGAUUCGACAACGGCUGGCCAUUGGGCCUACGAUUUGGAUAACGAGACCAAUGUCUGGGUGCCUAAUCCUCAGUACUCUGAGGUACAGAAGUUCUUGGGUCUCGACAAGUCUAACGAACAACGCCUCAAUGCGGCCGAUGACAUGGUCAAUGCUGCAGAUUCUCUGGUAGCCCAGGCGCGAGCCAACGCCCCGAAACCGGCGUCUACAACACCACGACAGAAUGUUGCGCCUGCGCCUGUAUACACCGGUGCUCCCACACGUCCAAAUUUCACGCCAGCGCCACCUCUUGCCCCGAGAUCAGUUGGCACCUCUCCACGCCAGAACUUUCUGCCUGCACCAGUAUAUGUUGGGACAUUCAGCCAUCAACUUCCUUAUUCGGUACGACCUCCUUCCACGGAACCGGUGAGUGCAGCAUCCCACCAGAAUGUCGCGCCUGGGAAAGCAUACACCGGCCCAUUCAUCCGCGAUCAGUCCUCGCUAGCACUGCCUCCUGCCGCGAAUUCGGUGGGUACCUCCUCGCCCCAGAGAGCUUCACGCAUCCAGCAAAGGCCGCUACCGGCCACUACCUCGGCACCGUCACUUGUCAGUACUCCAAAUCGACAACAAGGGACGCUACGACUGCCUGGCGCUGCAGCCAAGGUACCGGUACCAAAUUCUCAGCCAACUGCACCGACUGAUCUCGCACCUGCUCAUGCUUCGGAUCCAACGCCUACCCCGGCGGCAGAUACUCCUGCGCAGGUCACUGCUCCUACCAUACGACCGCAGGGACUACACCUACCUGGCUUCAUAGCCAAGAUCCCAGCAUCCACGAAGAAGACUCCACCGCCGGCAGAUACGCCUCCCGCUGCGACGCCAAACGCCCCUACCAAGAAGGGGAAGGGGAAAAAGCGCAAAUCUCCCGAAAAAGAGGGGGAGGCACCCAAAGUUGAUUAUCGCAAGUUCAAGAACGCGGCAUUGAGCAAAACUUGGCACGAUGCGGAUACAUCUCACUUCCAGCUAGAGGGAAGGACGCGUCACUCCAACAACACAGGCACAUUGGGCAUUACUUCAGACGGCUCCUCGUUGCACUGGAUUCAGAGCGGAGCCCGUAGGCCGAGUGUCGAAAUCUCAAUUUCCAACAUCGCAAGUUGCGAGAAGCACGAAAAGCCUGGCGAGAAUCACCUGAAGAUCACAGUCAGGCCAAUUAGCAAAUACACGUUCAAGUUCAUCGACGAUCCGCACGAGUUGAACAUUGAUCAAUUUGUACAAUUGUUACAAGCUGGCAUGCCACAAGAUAUGCCCUCCAGCCAGGAGAGCACUCGUCGCAAAGCGAGCGGAACCAAGAGCCGCAAGCCUUCCACCGUUCUUUCCGAGUCGAACGCGCCCAGAGACACUGUGCCAGACACCGGCGCUCCAACUCGAGGUACUGGAUGGGUAGACCAACGACAGCUGGCGCUGUCCAAGCCGCACACGGAGGCAGAAAUGCUGGAGUCCGAGCGGGACAUCGUGAUCCUGCGCGAAUGCUGGCAGAGAUAUGGCAAUGGUGACUGGCCACCCAGUUUGAUCAAGCUCACUGACACAAUGGACCCGAAAGAACGUGCGCAAAUGACAAAAGACACCGAUCCCAGGGACCCUCUCAACCAUGCACUGCAGCGAAAGGACGACUUCCUUGGCCUGACAGAUUCGACCAAAUUCUCGAACGCCUCGUCAAACGUGAACAAGCCUCUGCGCCAAGAGAGACUUGCGAGGUACUUCGUGUGGGAGAAGUUCUUUCUGUGGCGUGACUCGCCAUACGCCGCUGACUAUCUGCGGAUCCGAGAUCAGGUGGCGGCCCAGAGGCUACCAGUGACGACACCCGACUGGUGCAAAUGCGGUGGUGAUUAUGUUUGCACACACCACAGCUUCAAGAAUUGUCAUGGCAUUCACCCAGACUGGGGCAUGUGGCCACUGGAUCCAAAAGACCGAACACUGUAUGAAUAA